ACAUACGCACACGAAUCCUUUCUCCCCAAGCUUUCUUUUAUCUCGUUGCCUUCUAAUUCCAAACACACUUGACACUUCACCAAUAACCCUUCUGUAUUCUCACUGUUUAGCUUGUGAGUUAUUCACCUGACUUGUCUUCUCUUGUCCUGUCCUGUCUUGACAUGUUAUGUUGAUAUAAAGUGACCGAACAAACAAAGAAGAAGAAGCAUUUACUCAGCCUCACAUGCCGGACGGUGAUGCCAUGGUUGACUCAAGUCAACCAAUCUCUGAGGUUGGUGUUGUUGGUGCUGAAGAAUCCAGUUCGAGAGCUCACGAUUGUGUCAAAGAUCCGAGGAAGAUUGCUAGAAAAUAUCAAUUGGAGCUAUGCAAGAAAGCAAUGGAGGAGAACAUAAUUGUAUAUUUGGGGACAGGUUGUGGCAAAACCCACAUUGCUGUGCUGCUCAUACAUGAGCUGUCUCAUUUGAUACGUAAACCCCAGAACAGCAUAUGUGUCUUUCUUGCGCCUACUGUUGCACUUGUUCAACAGCAAGCGAGGGUUAUAGAAGACUCUACUGAUUUGAAGGUCGGGAUCUUUUGUGGAGGCUCUACACAUCUCAAGAACCAUCAUGAUUGGGAAAAAGAGAUUGAAAAAUAUGAGGUUCUUGUAAUGAUCCCUCAAAUACUAUUUCGUAGCUUAUGUCAUCGCUUUAUCAAGAUGGAGUUAAUUGCUCUUCUGAUAUUUGAUGAAUGCCAUCAUGCUCAAGUCAAAAGCAAUCAUCCUUAUGCCCAAAUAAUGAAAGAGUUCUAUAAACCCAAAGAGAUGAAAAUUCCUCGAAUAUUUGGCAUGACUGCAUCUCCAGUUGUGGGGAAAGGUGCUUCGAAUCAAGCAAAUUUACCCAAAAGCAUUAAUAGUCUUGAAUAUAUACUUGAUGCUAAGGUGAGUCAUAGAAACUGUGUAUUUGGAUGUAACUCAGGUUUAUGAAAUUCUUAUUGUUUUUGAGGACAGUGUUGUUAACUAACCGUGCCCAAGCUCUAUUGUAAAUGUCUUCCCUGGAGCAUGCUUAAAGAAUAGUUUUUGUGCUGUUGUUCAAUCCCCGGAAGCAUCCCUGUUCUACAAAUAUACAUGGUCUUUGCCUUGGGCCUUGAAAUACUGUGUGGCUGACUGCUGAAUUCAAAUAUAUAUUUUUCUUGUUAUCUUUUCACUGUA